AUGAAGAGGAGAAUAGGCAGUAUCAACACUCUGCACCAACAAAGUGCAUCAACGCAGAUAAGAUUCGAUAAAGCAGACCUGAUGCGAGUUCAGAUUCCACAUGAAGACCCCCUAGUCGUUAGUUUAACAGUGGUAAAGUGUUUGGUACGAAGAAUGCUAAUUGAUCCAGGGAACAAUGCCAAUAUCAUGCCUAGAGUCACUUUCGAUCGGCUAGAAAUCAAGCUAGAGGAGCUCAAAUGUACUGGGAAUCCGUUGUUGGGAUUUAAUGGAAAACGAGUUGAACCGAUCGACACAGUAGAACUGCUUGUCCGGGCAGCCAAAAGGAAGCUUAUCGAGAGCUUUGUGGUGGUGGAGAUCCAUCCCUCUUACAAUUUGUUGAUGGGGAGAGGGUGGAUUCAUAGGGUACAAGGAGUCCCAUCGACCCUGCACCAAGUGAUGAGAUGUCUGAGUCCGAACGUGUGA